UAAAUUGACUUGGAUCUUUGAAGUAAACCUGAAUAUAUCUAGAGUACAGUAUAAACAUCAAAAUAGAGAGAUAUGCCACGGCUUCAACACAGGCAUGCUGCCAUGGGUCUUGUGACUAUAUUUUUAAUAGCAAUGUGGUUAUAUAGCCAAUCUAAAUCUUUAUCAGGAUUACAUCAUAUUCUGCAUCCAAACUCAGGUUCUGAGGCUAAAAGUGAGGUUCCCGGACCGAAUGGUAUAUCACCGAUUAUCAACAAGGAAGAUGAAGCGGCCAAGAAUGCUGCCAAGAUAGCCGAUAAGGCAGCUGUAGCAGCUGCAUUAUCAGAACUUGAACCUUGUACUGUUGUAAAUCCCACCACAAAUAGAUUCAUCGACCUUUCAUCACUUUCAUCGAUUGGAAACGAAGGGAAAUCCUUACUGUGGCCAGCAAAGGGAUUUGAUUCAGGUCUUAAUUUUAGUAUUGGUAUUUGUUCAACCCCUUUUAAAACAUUACAUCCACAUGAAGUUCAAGAUAUUACCAAUUCAUCAGAAGUUGGCGCGUUUUAUGUCGACCCAAAGACUCAAAAAUAUGUAUCAUUAGGUAAAUACUCAACCGAACCGGUUAUGAGAGGUAGAAAACUUACAUUGACUUAUACUGAGGGAUCCAAAUGUCAAGGGAUUAUCGAUAGUAAAACAGGCGAAGAGGUCAGAAAAUCAACGAUUUUAUCCUUCACAUGUGACAGGGAAAUGUUGGCAAAAGCUUCUAUUUCUUACAUUGGCUCAAUUAAUGAUUGUAGUUAUUUCUUUGAAGUGAGAUCUCAUCAUGCUUGUCCUACUGCCGCUAAAGCCGAUAAUUUGGCAGUAAUAUGGAUUUUCUUUUUCAUUUUAUUGGCAGCAUUGGCAGUAUAUGGAUCCGGUGGAUUCCUUUAUAAACACAUGAAGAGAGUACCACCAAAGAUAUAAUCAGAGAAGGUGAAAAAAAGGAAAAAAAAAGAAAUGGAGAAUUGAACAGAAGAAAUUUCAGCGAAGGAAAGAACAUAACAACAAUAAGUAAAUUGUUUGUUAAUUAGCAUAUGUAAGGAAAUAGAAACAUUAUUUAUAAUAGAAAC